UGUCGGUUACCUACCCGUCCUGGAUACUAGUUUCACCGUUGAAAAACAUCAACAUAGUAACCCGGGAAAGGCGACCUCUGAAAGACAAGACGGCAUAUUUCUUUAAGGAAACUCCACAGCUGCUUUGGAUACGAUGGCUUUUUCUAAAGAAAGUUGAAAUAAUGGAUAUAUGUCGCUGGAAAAAGUUGAUAGUUUAGUUGGUGUAGCUUUUGGCUAGUUGACUAGCUAACGUUAGCUGGCUAACGCUAACGGUAGCAGACAGAUCGCUAAAGGAAAUCAAAAGAGAACUGUGGAGAUUUUAGGAGUUUCGUAUUAUGAGUUCAUCGGCGUAAAUGUGGACAAUUAGACACACCGGGUCGUCCUCCUAAAGGUGAGUGGGAGAGAUGAGGAGCAGCAGGAGGACUGAAGUACCCCAUACAAGAUCUGCUCAACUGCUUACUGAUCACAAUAUUGGCACAGAGCUGACAACUGCAUGGAAAACUUUGGCCCAAUCCAAAGCUGCUCUGCGGCAUAUAGAAAAUCGCUUGGAGGCCACUCCAGGAACUGCUGCUCUUCUGGACUCCAUCCCCAUCUCCCCCAAGAAGAAAACAUCAAGUUCAUCUCGCAGCAGGGAUGGGCAACAAGGUGAUGAAUCUAGAGGGACUUCAAAACCCAGAGGUGGAAAUCAGCAGAGUCCAGCGAAGAGCAGCUCACGCAGCCCUUUGAGAAACGCCACUCAGGACAGCAAUGUACGAAAGAACAGCAAUGUGGAGUUCAGAGAACCUCUGGCCUCAUACAGAGAGACCACCCCGCCUUCACAUCCCUUUUCUCAGCUGGAGGCCUACAAUCUGCAGUCCGUGCCAGGGUCUUCAUACACAUCCUCUCUGCCUAGCUCAGAUCCUCUGCCCAGCCAGCUGAUCUACCAGAGAGACACCAGGGACAAGCAGACUGACGGGGACUUGGACAGCAUACGCUCCUCUGCACUGGAGAGUGCUGAGGUGCGCUACCUCAAUGACCAGCCGGUCUUGGACAGCCUGAAGACAGAGCACAAAGCACAACUUGUCAUGGAUAGUCGUGAAUCAAAGAGUUUUGCUCGGACGCCCAGCUCUUCACGCCAAGGGGAGAGCACUCCUUCCUCAAGUCCGGGCUCAGUUACCCAACGGUUGGAAAACCUGAGACGACAUCAGCCAGAUGAUAAAUUAGAAAAACUAAAGGAGCGCAUUCGACGACAGAGGCAACAUUUAGAGGAGACAACAGACAAGGAAAAGUCUAAGAGUUGUCUUGAAAAGCCCAUUGUUGCGUUUGUUGAGGGUGACAAUGUUGGUUCAAGCAGCAUGCCAGCAGCAAAGAUACGGAAAGUCACAGCAGCACCGCCAGCGCCCAUAUACAAAGGUUUCAACAGUGCAGAGACAAAGGUCAAAACUCCUGAUGGUAAAGUUUGGAAAGAGGAGGAAUUCCAUAACGUCAACAGAAAAGUUUACAGAGACAUAUCACACCAAUUUUCUGAGAGCAGCAAAUUCAGGCAUCAGCAUCAGAGAACAGAACGGUCCAAGGAGAAGAGGCCAUCCAAACCAGUCAGGAAGGUCCAAAAAGUUGCCCUGGUAUCUGAGCAGAAUUUUAAACCAGUGAUUAGUCCUGCAUCAUGGCGUGAGGGCCAAAAACUGGUAAAGAUGGUACUAGGUCCUGCUCCAAAGCUACCCAGUGAAGAGCACAGUUCCCAUCCAGCUGGCAGACAGACCCGAACAGCUUCCCAUCACCACUCAGACCCACAUUCAGAACAGAGGAGACGCUCUCGGCCAAACAGCACAGACAGGUCUCGCAGUGCUUUUCAGGAGCAAAUGGGCAGCCGCCCUACAGCCUCAUACAGUCCCUCUUCUUCAGCUCAGAACAAGAUGCCACGGGGAGUGAAGACAGAUGUUUUGUCAGUAGACAUCCAGGGGAUUCUUGAUGACCUUCAGCUGGAUUGCAAAUCAGCUGAAAUAGAAGAGCGUGCUCGUAAAAGAUCCCGGGGUGUCAGUGGUAGUAGAAGAGGAAGAGGAGGGUCAGGUUCUCGGACGAGGGCACCAGUCUCUGCUUGGGGAUCUACAGGAGUGGCAAACACCAGGUCCAGGGUCUGCCGGAGUGCUAGCCCCACCACAUGCCAGCCUGACAAUACUGACAAAACAAGCAAAAGUGUCAAGAAGCGGCACUAUGACGCAGAUACAGUUCGCCAAUACAUUGCACAACAACAAGAGGAGAGAAAGAGGCGACAGGCAGAAGAGAAGAGAGCAGAAAAAGAGGAGACAGCAAAAAGAAGUCAAAGAUUGCAGGAGCUGUACAAGAAACAAAAAGAAGUAGUUAGAACUGCGACCCUUUCCUCUGAGGCAGUUGUGGGUCCUGUUCAAAAGCGACUGCAGGAGACCUACACCAGACUGCUUCUGGAGGAUGCCCGAUUCAACGAGACAACACCUGAGCAACAUUCUGCACCUUUCAUUCAAAUGAGACCCAUGUACCAGCCUUCAGGAGAGUCGGACAAAGAAAACAAAAAAAUCGGGGUUUCACAAAGCCCCUCAAGCAGUGACAAGUCUUUGAAUGAGCAGCCACCACUGCCAUUAUUCAGGAAUGAUCUUGGGUUUACCUCUGUGCUUCAGCCUGAUCAUCUGAAUCCAGCUUUUCAACCCACCAGCGGUGUACAAGUAGCUUCUAAUGAACAUCUUCUCUCUCAGCUUUUAAGGCUGGAGGCAGCAUUAGCCUCUAGUAACAGAAAGUACACUGAACAGCCGGCUGCAGCGCCUCACCUCCUCUCCCCGACCAGAAUGUCUCGUAUUGAAGCCCUGAAGGCAAAGGCCACAUCCCUCUCAAACCGUAUCGAAACGGAGGCCCGAAGGUUUGCAGGACAAGGGAUCAACUAUGGUGCAGCAACGUCCAUGGAUGUUGAUACCGUUUUGCAACCCAGAACCUCUAGCCUUGAUGUUGAUCACUGGACAGGAACUGUUGCUCAUGCUACAGAAAGUAGUGACUUCUCCUUUAGGGCACAGAAAGCGUUCACAAAUGCAGCUAAUACUUCAUAUACUGGCAUAGUUCUUCCAGGAGCAGGGAAUCCGCACCACUUAAAUGAAAAGACACACACCAGUGUGACAAAUCCACAUACUGGUUCUCCUGGUGUAAAUGGGUUAACUUUAAACACUUACACCCAAGAAGAUAGGAGGAUUUUUGGUGACUUGGAGAUGGAAGAGAGAACAGAAAAACUAGUACAAAGAAUAAAAACAAAAAAACCGGAGAAUCUGGUGUAUCCGUAUCAGACUGAUCUCCACGAUUCAAGUGCUGGUUCCAUUAGUGAGGGUCCUCUUCUUAGUGAAGGAAGUUUUUCUGAGGAAGAUGGAAGUCCUCCUCACUACACCAGUAACCAUGGGUGUAAUUUAGAUUACUUGGAGGCUGAGGACUACAGCGCAGGUAAAAGAAGUCAUAACAAGCGUCUGUUUGAGUUCCAGAGGGAGGCAGCACAGUAUACAGCUCUCAGCCCGCCCUUUACACAACUUAAUGGCAGCAAAGCACCAUGGGAAGAGCUGAACAAAGGAAGUCCUCUGAGCGUAAUCAAUAUUUUCACAAAAAAUGUGCAAGGCCAUGUUAAAGUGAGUGAGAGAGCUUCAGGGAAUAAUUCUCCACUUCCUCAUUCUUCACACUCCGAAAACAGCCAAGAUGAAGCAGCAGUCUAUGAGGAUGACUUUGUUUCAUCACAUAGCAGCAAAACCAGCAGCCAUCUAAAGAGAGGCCCCAAGUCACCCAGUCACUCACAGCGCAUUUCCCCUGGUUCAACACCUGACUCCUCACCGCUUUCCAGGCACUCCACCAGUAAAAGAGCAACUAUUUCAGACCAGAGUGACGCAACUCUUGUAGAAGAACAGAGGAGUUCACCGCUUUCAGAAACUCUCUCCUCUGACCACAAAAAGAGAGCUUCAGACAGAAGUUUGAGUCAAGCUCAGGCCAAAAGUGCAGAUUCUGACACAUUAGGAGAACCUUCAGCCUAUUCUCCUCAAAGACCCAAACUGGUUUCCUCGUCCUGUUCUCCAGACCUCAGUUCUUCUCUAACGGCAGACUCUCUCAGUGAGCAUGUGAGAAGAAGCUCUCAUAAUCCAAAAACAUCCAGCAGAGCAGAGUCAUGGUCCACAGGUGAGCUACAAUAUUCCCCUGCUGUCUUGCAGCAGCGCAUGGCAGCAGAACUGCAGUACUUGGAGUCCAUUGAAGAGUCAAUCAAGCAGCUGGGAGACGUGGAAAAGCUGAUGGGUGUGUCCAUGGCACAACAGGAGAGUGCGUCAUUGACCCAAAUGCUCAAGGCCAAGCAGCACCGCCAUGAGCAGGAGCUCUAUGAGCUGAAGAUCAAGACUGAAAGAGAAGCUCUCGAGACAAAACUCCAACUAGAAGAAAACAGACAGAGGGUUGCCAGAGCUCAUUUAGAGCUGCAGGAAAACUUGGCAACAUCACAAAAGCAAACUUUGGAAGGUCUCCAAGAGUCAACUUCUAAGAUGAUGAGCCAACAGACUGAAGCAGCACGAUACACAGCAGAUGCUGCCCGACACAUUAAGGAGAUGACAGACCUGGCACGAUCCCAGAUUGCGGGGCAUUUGAUAAUCCCACCUGUUGCCACUGAUUCUGCGAUGUUGGUCCAGCAGGAAGAACUAAGUAGUUCCUACACAAAGCAGCAAGACAAGGCAGACUCUAGCAGAUUUAAAAGUGAGGUUUCAGACCGCAGGACCAGGUCUGGAGAGCCCUCAGCUUCACAAAACGGCCUCAGUCAGUCUGACUCUCCAUCUUUCAGAAGACCAAACAUCAGUGGAUCUCCAUAUGGAAGCAUCCAAACCAGUCCAUCACAUGCUCCAUCUGAUCACACAAAAAGGCUGAACACACAGUCUGGUGAGAGAAAACAGAAGAAUGAGAGAGUUGAGGAGAGGAUGAAGGCGGAAGCAGCCAGCUGCUCUAUUGAGGAGGAUGUUGUAACAGCAGCAAAUGACUCACUCUGCAGCGAAAGUAUUGCCUCUGCAGGGGACGAGAAAGGAGACACUACAUCUGUGGCCACUGAGUACUCUCUAAAGUUUGAUGAGUCCAUGACGGAGGACGAGAUAGAGGAGCGCUCUUUCCGUUCUCUGCUGCCGUCCGAAGCUCAUCGUCGGGGAACUAUGGAGAAGAAGUCGCACCAUCAGAAGGAGGGGGACGCAGUCUGCCUCAAUGAAAUGUUGGUCCCAGAGACGGGGUCAUGCAGUUCCUUCAAGUCUCAUGAUGCACACAUAGCCUUUUCUGGUGGGCAGGACAGCUUUUCUCAGUUCACAAUGGAAAUGGUGCGUCAGUACAUGAGGGAUGAAGAGGUAAGAUUGCAGCACCAGAGCUCUCUGCUCCAUCUACGGCAGAAAGCGCUUAAGGAAAAGACGAGGACAGAAGUAGCCUGGCUUGAGCACCAAAAGAAAAAGCUGAGAGACAAAGGAGAGGAUGACAAAAUGCCACCAAUCAGGAAGAAGCAGAGGGGACUUCUUCUGAAACUCCAACAGGAGCAAGCUGAGAUCAGGAGACUCCAGGAAGCCAACAGAGCAGCUAGAAAAGAAAGGCAGUUGUUGCUGAAACAGCAGGAAGAGAUUGAACGGAUGAGAAACUCAACACUUAGACUGAAGGAGCGUCUCAAGUGUGCAGAGGGAGACAUUCCCCCUGAGACGCCAGUGUCAGAGCCUUCAGGGUCUGAGCUCUCACAGAGACUUCCUGGUGAAGUCCGCACCUCCUCUCCUUCACUCUCCAUUUCUGGAAGUGAGACCAGCAGCAUCAUGCAGAAGCUUAAGAAAAUGCGAUCUCACAUGGAUGAAAAACACUGUUCCCCUGUCCACUACUUCUUCUCUGUGUUCACGGCCCACCACUGGGCCUCCCUCAGUGUCUGUCUUCCCAACCUCCACCCUAAAUUCCAGCUCUUUAUCUACAACCAGUUGGUCAGGUUUCUGACCAAGCGCGAGCAGCAGCUGAUGCAAAGGCGACACCAUGCAGAGGAGCUGCUCCAGUGGAAACAGCAACUGGACAAGGAGGAGGCGGAGGUACGAAGGAUGGAGAAAGAGGCCGUGGCCGCCUGGGACCAGAGAAGACCUCGGGACAAGGACCAUAAAACACCUGAGAGCAUUGGAAAAGAGAUCAGUGAAAAUGAACUGCAGGCCUCUAACCACCAAAGCUUAGAGGCCAGAUCUGACAGUGAGAAGGAGCUUGUAAGUGAGGACAAUUGCUCCUCAAUUACGACCGAGUCCAGUAUACACACAGAGGCGCCGGCUUCUCAGCACCCACUCAGUGCGUCCUCAGCACAGCCAGCUUCAGUCGCUGAAACACCUCUGGCCUCAGUUCAGAACAGCCAUGCUACCUACACACAGGACUUUUCCACUGAGUCACAGUUACCUGCUGUAAAGUCCUCUUCAGUCGAAGGCAGCCACAGCCCUGCUGCUUCUCCAUUAGACAGCAGCAGUAAGACCAAGAUGCAACCCCACUCCACCUCCCGGACACACAGGGAGGUUUUCCCUGAGGUCCUUGGAGCCGCCACAGCUAUGCCGUCUGACCAGAGUGACAUUGAGAGUCGUAUCAAGGCACUGAGGGAAGAGCUGAAGAAACGUAAGAUCAUGGCCCACCAGCUGAAAAAAGAGCAGAAGAAGCGGCACAAGGAGCGCCUGAAGGCACAGGAGGCAACUCUGUUGAAGAAACUGGAGAACUACAACAACUUUAUUGAGAAAACGAAGGCGGAACUGAACAAAGAGCCAGACUCAACUCCUGAAACGACGUCACACAUAAAUGAUUCCAACUACAUUUUGGAGCAGUCAUCUGUUAAACCCUCUUCACACAGGUCUGACGCGAUCAAAAGCUCCGCCUCUGACCGGACGCUUAUUGAUGCAUCAUUAGAUCACAAUGGCAUUCCUCAGCCGAACCAUAGCAGAACCGCAUCCAGAGAUUUACCCGAAGAUUCUCCCAGUGUCGUCGUGUACAGCAAACCAGAGAGCGAUCAUCUAUCAGAGCCUCUCUCAAGAUCUUUUUUCAAGCCAGAGUCUGAGGAGGAGAAGGCUUUGUCUGAUCACAGAUCUGACAUUGAGGAAGAGUUGGAUUUGGAAGUGGACUCCAGGUCUGAGGAUGAACAGUCUCACCACCUUCUCAGACUCGACUCUCAGGAGAACUUAACUGCAUCUGAACGUGUUCCGCCUUUUGCUAAGGAGGAACAUGAGCAGUCUCUGUCUGGCAGUUUAGAUCAGGAAGAGAUGAAGAAACAAAACAAAAUACCCGAGGCGGAGGAAGCUGUGACGUUAAAUAAAAUUACACCCGGAACUCCUUCUUCAGCUGUUGUCAACCUGGAAGCUUCACCACAUUUAAGCCGCAGCCCUUCACCCACUGAGCACCCUCUCUCCCCACACUCAGUGGGUUUCUCACUCAAUAAAGAUCCACUCAUAAAGGAAGUUGAGACUUCUGUUGGAACAGACAGUUACCAGGAAGACUUUGAAUCAGCUAAUUCUUCCCCUAGGGACGACCAUAUUUCUAAGCAUGAGUCUCAAACCUCCAUUCCCCACACAGAAACUAAGCAUUCAACUAAGGAAUCAUCCAGGGCAACCCCUCCAUUUGACCAUCAAGAUGAAGAAGAAGAAAUACCUGAGGAGAUGAGUCAGCAUUCUGGCAUCAGUGAAAAAAGCCAUCAUUCAGAAAAGUUACUGGAACUCCAGCAGAAGGAAGAAGAUAUAAAAUUAGACAAUAAGACAGAGUUUCCCAGCCAUGCACCUGCUUUUGCUCCUCCCAUUGAAGAUGAAAUGCUAGGUUUCCACCUUGGAGACCGGGUUCUUGUUGGAGGUGUUCAGCCGGGCACACUGAGAUUUAAAGGUCCGACCAGCUUUGCCAAUGGCUUCUGGGCUGGCGUGGAGUUGGACAAAUCUGAGGGGAGCAACAAUGGCACUUAUGAUGGAGUUGUUUACUUUGAGUGUGAGGAAUCGCACGGCAUCUUUGCUCCUCCAGACAAAGUCUCCCAUCUCCCAGACAAGUUUGAGCUCUAUGCAGAUACCACAGAAGAUGAGGACUCUUUCUUCGACGACUUAUCUGAUAAAGGCGGGAAAAAACACAGAAAGAUUAAAGACGGUUCUCAAAAACGGGAAGAUCCAGAAAUGCGAAAUGAACAAACAUCUGACAAGGAAACUAAAUCUAAAGAUGAAAUGGUUUUGGAUGAGAAUGAUCAGAUCAAGACCAAAGCCCACCUCAAUUCACAGCACCAGAAAGAACCUGAGCAUCAGAUUUGUAACGGCAACAUAAAGGACAUCAUUUUGGACUUUACUGAUGAAUCCCGCACAUUCCUCAUCCCGGACGAAGAUAGAAUGGACGAGAAGAAUGAGAAGACGACCGCCAUUAUUGAGAGAAACGAUGUUGACAUCGAGAAGGACUUGAUUCCUACGGAUGAAAUCAAGACUGAUAAGAGAGAACAGAAGAACAGGGAUCUGGUGGAGACAUUUGCAGAUGAGCUCAUCAACAACUUUAUCAAAGAUUCCUUUAAGCAAUGUGCUGAAAUAAAGAGGGCUAAAGAAGGAAAGAUCAGAAAUGCCAACCAGUUAAAUGGAUGUUCGUUUGUUGAAAAUAACGACGAGAAAUGGUUCUCUUCAGUGGAGCAAAAAGACAACCUGCCCUUCUUUCUGCUGGCUGAGAAGGAGGAGCUGUCUUCUCCUGAACUGUGCAACAGAUCAGAGAGUCCAGUGUUUGGCCCCAGUGGUCAAGAGAAGCUUGCUAAGCGUCUGGCUGAGCUGGAGCUGAGUCGUGAGCUGCUGGAGGAUCUCGGUGAUGAUCAGGACUGGUUCGAUGAGGACUUUGGGCUCAGCUCACGGAGACAGCAGCAGAGACUCAAACAGAAAGAAGAGCUGGGAGGUGAACUCGGGAGGUCAGCCUCAUCAUCAGGGCCGCACAUGGGGGGGAUGGUUUCAUCGUUAGGUGGGGAAUCACAGGUGAAGACCCCACCGAGACCUGAGCUACCCCUCCCCUUACCUCCCAAACUACCUGAGCAGCCCGCCAUGGUUGUGCCCCACUCGGCCACAGAGGUGGAGAAAAUGGUCCAUUCUGCCACACAGGAGAUCUGGGAGACCUUUGAUCUGGGAAGGGUGGGGUCUCUUAUCCUUGAACAUCUUCCAAAGCCGACGCCUUCCCUGGAGUAUUUAGGUAAAGAAUCCAGCAGCCAGGACCAGGAAGCCCUGUCCAUCAGCAGCUACAAAAAGGCUGUGUAUGACCUGACAUGGGAGAUACUGAAGGAGAUUUUUGCUGAAGACCCAAAUACUGAUCAGCCUCAGUGGGUCAAACCACGCCAAGUCAAGUCCUCCUCCAUUCACAGAGUCAAGACGUCUGGAGACAUCAACAAAAUUCAGGAAUUUGUCACAGAAGAAGUGUUGAAACUGUACGGUCUGACACAAGAUGAGAAUCAAAAGACUGACUGGCAGAAAAUGCUCAAAUUUGGCAGGAAGAAGCGGGACAGAGUCGAUCACAUACUGGUCCAGGAACUCCACGAGGAAGAGGCCCAGUGGGUUAACUACGACGAGGACGAACUGUUUGUCAAGAUUCAGCUGGCAGACAGCAUCUUUGAGGCUUUGCUGAAGGACACUGUAAACAUUUUCACACUAAUUUCUGACAAGAGAGCCAAAAGAGGAGCUCUCUCCUGACCGCCCGGAUUUUAAAACAUGACUUCUUGCUCAGUCCUGGUGUCUCCUUGCCACUGUGAAAUUCAAACCUAACUCUAAGACUUCAUCUGAUCAUCUUCCAGUAGGAACUCUCUGAUGCCUUCAGUUCCACUGUUUUCUUACAGCUGAGCAGACUGCGACUGUAACUUUUACUUGCUGAAUUUUCCUCCACUGUAGUUUUGGUUUAAUUUGUUUCACACACAGAAUGCCUCUUCAGCAACCCCUGCCUUCCUAAACCACAGAGCCACCCAGUCUCAGUUCUCACCUCAUUGACUGGUCAUUUUAUCCCUCCCAGUUGAGACUAAUUGGUGUGGACUGUCCCAUCAGAAACUCCAUGAGUGCUGCUAAACUAGUUGUUCCACCGUGGAUCUAAAUGUACUCUCCACGUAGAAGAACUAUGUAUUAACUGAACUUAUGUGAAAUAUAAAAAAAAAAAAAAUAGCAAUAGAUUAAUAAUUGAAUUAGUAAAAUUGCAUAGCGCAGUCUGUUAUUUGAUGAUAAGCUUUGGUUUUUCAUGUCCAUAUGAAGGUAUUUGUCUGAAUAUUGUGGGAAGUUUUAAUCUGCACUGUUCCCACUGUAGACGAUAAUUACUUUAUGCCUGGACUUGGGCAAAACCAGCACAUGCUCAGUUGCACUGAAGACAGCAGAAAAUGGUUGGAAGGUUUUAGAGUUACGGUAAAAACAGUGCAACACACCAUGGACGUGAAAACCCUUACAUGUCUCAGAUCAGACUGCAUUGUAUUGGCACAUUAAAAAAGAAAUCUGAUCUAUUAAGUGUUUUUUGCCUUCUUAAUUAUUUAUUUUAAGGAAAUGCUUGAUUGGUGGAGAAAACAAAAUUUGAAAUGUAAAUGGUUGUCAACAUACAGAGAGGACAUAUUUUUAACAUUGUAUAAAGAGAAUCUAAAGUUGUUAUUGAAGCACAAUUGAAAAUGUGAAUGUGAAUAUGGCAAUACAUUAUGUUAGAGGAACCAGAAGAAGAACGGAGAGAAACUGUUUUAAUCCUUGAAGCUGUAAUGUUACUAAUUAACUAAGGCUGUCUGACUGACUGCUGUCCAGUUACUUAGUGCAAUCACUGUGCCCCACCUUCAUACUGGAUGUAAAUAUUUGGUGUGGAUUUCGACCUUGAAUGAAAAUGCCUCUAUGGAGUCUUUAUUAUAGUAGGUUUUUGUGCAAGCUAAUGAAGCUGUAAAAUAUGCAAGUGGGACACAGACGACUGGCAGCAGGCUUAACUUGAUAACUGAUCAAUUAUGGAGGAGUACUGAAAUGCUGGAUAUGUGAACCUUUCUUCUUCCUUCAGCCGAUUUGUUUUCUCCAAACAUAGAGAAACCUCUCCCGCCACAAAUAACUUGUGAUUUUGUAGCAUCAUGUGCUUUCCUGCAAAAUUACUGCAUCUCCAGACAAGCCUUAUAUAGCACCCUGUUUGUUCGCUCAGAGAAAAUUCUCCAUUUUCCAUUCAAGUGCCUCCUUGCGUUUAGUACUCUGUGUUGAUCUCUCAACAUCCUCUGGACCUGUUUUCUUGUGUCAUUUCUCGUCUGUAUUCUACCAUUUUUGCAAAAGAAACCUCCAAACGAGUGCUCUUCCUAGUUUCCUGUUCUCAACUUUCUGCCUUAUCAAGAACAUUUUUCAUAUCCCUGUCAUUCCCCUACGCCUCAGCAUGAGCCAAACGCUGUCCGAGAAAGUCUCAAAGUUGCCGUCUUUUUGUCGACUCACUCUUACUGACGUACCUUAAGAAAUGAGCCGACAGUCCACUCAUGAGUGACUCCAGCCAGCAGCACGAGUCACUGCGCUGAUGCCUCUGAGCACAUCCAAGGGCUUAUUUGUAUUCUCCGGCUUUGGUCAAACAAAACUCUGUACAGGCUGUGUGGCGUGUGUUGCAGAGCUCUCUAAUCCUCAUUGACUGUUUAGAGUGGAAGUGACCUUAAACUGAGUUUUCUAUCUUUUUUUUUUUUGUUCAAUUGGUGUAUAGUUAAUGUAUAAAAAGACCAAAACCAUUUGAUACCAGAAUCGCCAUGCUGUAAAAGUCUUUAUCUGCUCUAUAGGCAUGUUAUUUAAUUUUGACACCUGCAAGAUGUUCUGGAAAACCCUGGAAAUGUCCCUUUUAAUUGAUUGUGUUUGGGAUGAAGUUAAUUUCCCGUCAGUAUCUAUGCAGUAUUUGGUCACCUUCAGUAGUUUUGAUGUACAAACCAAGCAGCUUUUAAACCCCUGAUGAAGUUGUCGCGUCUGUUUUGGUCUGAGGUCAGUUUUCUUCAUAACAAUGUAGUGUAGCUUUAACCCUUAGAAAAACAAAUUGGUUUCAUAAUAUUAAAAAUAAAAACAAUUACAUUGAUUCAACAUAUUUAUCGCAGUAACUUAGCAUAGAUCCCCUCCCUCCCUACCUUUGGAAAUGUUUGUGAAUAUUUAUAAUGUCUUGCGAGACGCUGAUGGGUGUAAAUACUCUGUCGAUCCAGUUUGACCCACUGUUACUGUAACCUGAACGAUUGUUGUAAAAUACUGUUUACUUUGCAAAUAUGUACAUAGUAUAUAUUUGUUAACUAAAAAAAAUUUGAAACUGUAAAUAAAGCUUUCACUGGUUUCUACAUGAA